GAGCCGGCCCUGGAAGGAGGAGAAAUGCAAGAGGAGGGAGAGUGAGAGGGGAGGGUACGUUGACAUCUGUCUGAUACUAGACUGGUGAAUAGGAAGAAGGUCCCAUCUCUGGCCUGUUUGUGGAAGCUGGGAUGAUGAAGGCCCUGCAGUGGGAGCGUGCUGUGGUGCAGGGUUGAAGCUCCAGCCCAUGUCUGGUAGUUAUAGAGCAAUUGGAAGGGUUACGUGCAGAGUUCUGGUAAACUAGGAUGGAAGAAUCUCAUUUCAACUCCUCCCCGUACUUCUGGCCAGCAGUGCCCACCGUCUCGGGACAGAUUGAGAACACCAUGUUCAUUAACAAGAUGAAGGAGCAGCUGUUGCCCACAGAGAAGGGCUGCAGCCUGGCUCCCCCCCACUACCCUGCCUUGCUGACAGUCCCCACCUCUGUGGCCCUGCCCACUGGUAUCUCCAUGGACUCGGACACCAAGCCGGAGCAGCUGACACCACACAGCCAAGCCCCUGUGACUCAGAACAUCACCGUGGUACCAGUGCAGUCUGCUGGGCUCAUGACAGCAGGUCCUGGUCUGGUGAUAACUUCCCCGUCAGGUUCUCUGGUGACCACAGCCGCCUCUGCCCAAACCUUUCCCAUCUCAGCUCCCAUGAUUGUCUCUGCGCUACCCCCUGGCUCCCAGGCAGCCCUGCAGGUGGUUCCAGACCUGUCCAAGAAAGGGACAACCACCCUCACUGAAGGUGGCGGGGGCGGGGGAGUUGCCCCCAAACCACCCCGAGGCCGGAAGAAGAAACGAUUGCAGGAGUCGGGGCUGCCAGAGAUGAGCGACCCCUUUGUGCUGACAAAUGAGGAUGAUGAGGACCAGCACAAGGAUGGCAAGACAUACAGGUGCCGGAUGUGUUCGCUGACCUUCUACUCCAAGUCGGAGAUGCAGAUCCACUCCAAGUCCCACACGGAGACAAAGCCACACAAGUGUCCUCACUGCUCCAAGAGCUUCGCCAACAGCUCCUACCUGGCCCAGCACAUUCGUAUCCACUCAGGGGCCAAGCCCUACACGUGCAGCUACUGCCAGAAGGCCUUCCGCCAGCUCUCCCACCUGCAGCAGCACACACGGAUCCACUCCAAGCUCCACACGGCGAUUGUCAAGCCGCACAAGUGUCCUCACUGCUCCAAGAGCUUCGCCAACACAUCCUACCUGGCCCAGCACCUCCGCAUCCACUCGGGGGCCAAGCCCUACACCUGCCGCUACUGCCAGAAGGCCUUCCGCCAGCUCUCCCACCUGCAGCAGCACACACGUAUCCACACCGGGGACCGACCCUACAAAUGUGCUCACCCUGGGUGUGAAAAGGCUUUCACCCAGCUUUCCAACUUGCAGUCCCACAGACGGCAGCACAACAAAGACAAACCUUUCAAGUGCCACAACUGCCACCGUGCGUACACGGAUGCUGCCUCGUUGGAGGUACACCUGGCUACGCACACGGUGAAACACGCCAAGGUCUACACCUGCUCCAUCUGCAGCCGGGCCUACACCUCGGAGACGUACCUGAUGAAGCACAUGAGGAAACACAACAUCCCUGACCCACAGCAGCAGGUGGUUCAGGCACAAGCCCAGGCCUCGCAGCAGCAGCAGCACUUCCAGCCGCAGGGCGGGGGGGCAGCAGGGGGCCCUUCUGGAGACACUAACCAACCCAACCCUCCCCCCCAGUGCUCCUUUGACCUGACUCCUUACAAGACUUCAGAGCAUCACAAGGACAUCUGCCUCACUGUCAGCACCAGCGCCAUCCAAGUGGAGCACCUCUCCAGCUCCUAGAGAGACCUCAACCCAGGGAGAAGAAUGCCUCUUGUGCAUAGCCUGUGCCAGGGGCACCGCUUGUGCAGCGGCCCUCCUCGUGCAACAGUUUCCGGCCUCUCCUCCUGCAACAGCCUCUUCUGGCCGUGUAACCCUGUUCAUGGCAGCCCCUU